AUGACAGAUAGAGCAAACACAAUGAGGUUGGAAGCGGAAAUGGCUGCUCCUUUGCAUCUGCAAAGAUUGGAGCGUAGUCUUAAUGUACAGCCCUUUUUAAGGCAAAUUAAUGAAUUGUUUCAAGACCCUACUAGCGAGGAUGAUAAAUCUGUAUCAUCGGAAUCUUCUGAAGGAUCAGAUAAUUAUCUCGAUAAUGUUCUGAUUCGAAAAGAAGAGGAACGAAUUAAUAAACUGAGGCUAUAUAACAUGUCAAGUGUGGGAGAAGAACGUCGUUGGUUGCAGGAUAUCCUAUUAAGUGACUCAUCGGAUAGCUCAGCUUCAGGAUCUGAUACAGAUAGCCCAAUUACAGAAGAAGAUUUUCAGGAAAUGUUAAAGUUUCACAUACUUAGAAAAAAAUAUCAAGCACGUUUUUACCAAAAACCAGAGAAUAUUCAAUAUCAAUAUUAUAGUGCUGGAUUAUUAUCCAAUUACGAUAGGUUCUUAGAACAUCAAAAAUUAAUAGUUGGAAAUAAAAAGAAGAAAGAGAAGAAGCCAGAAAAAAAAGUUAUGAAAAUAAAAAAGGAGAAAUUACCACGCCAUAGAUCUUUGGAAGAUUAUCCUGAAGGCGAUUAUCCAGAUGAUGAGUGGGAUCGUACAAUUCCUAGAGAAGAAGAAUUAGAUGAAGCUGAAUUGGAAGCAAUAAUGCGCCAUCAACCACGCCAGCGUGGCAGAAAAAAGCAUAACAAUAAAAGUCCAGAAGUGAUGGCUAUGAGAAGAAGAAAAAUUUGGGUAAUGAUGUCCAAAAAAGAACUGGGAAAAGUACAAAGGGCAAAAACCAAUAAUCAUAAGGAAAUAUUAAUUAGUUGUAAAAAAGUAGCACAGCAUUGUAUGAAAUAUUGGAGACAAAAAGCUAUGCAAUCUCAAAAGAAUAUGAAAGAAACUAUAUGGAGAGCUAAACGCCUCACAAGAGAAAUGCAAUCUUACUGGAAACGUUAUGACCGAGUCGAACGUGAAACAAGAAGAAGAUUAGAGAAGGAAGCUGAAGAGCAGCGAAAAAUGGAUGUAGAGCUUAUUGAGGCGAAACGACAACAAAGGAAAUUAAAUUUUCUUAUUACACAAACUGAACUUUAUGCACAUUUUAUGUCUCGAAAAUUGGGGAAAGCUUCUCCUGAAGAGCAACUGCGGAUUUUAAAUCAAUUAGACGAAGAAAAAAAUCCAAGACUUGUUGGAAUUGAUGAUUACGAUAGUGAAGCUAUGAAACAAAAAGCAAAAAAGAAUGCUACAGAAGCAUUUGAUAAUGAAAAAGCUCGGGCAAAACAGUUCGAUACGGCAACCGCAUCUCAGGAACUACGGCUUAGCGAUACACCCGAAAAUUUAGAACAUCCACAACCUUCGAUUUUUAAAGGAAACCUUAAAGGUUAUCAACUGAAAGGAAUGAAUUGGUUAGCUAAUUUGUAUGAUCAGGGUAUUAGUGGAAUUUUGGCAGAUGAAAUGGGUUUAGGAAAAACUGUACAAUCCAUAGCAUUUUUGUGUCAUGUCGCUGAAAAAUAUUCUGUAUGGGGACCAUUUUUAAUCAUAUCACCGGCUUCGACGUUACAUAAUUGGCAGCAAGAAAUGGCACGAUUUGUCCCAAUGUUUAAAGUAGUUCCUUAUUGGGGCAAUCCACAAGAGCGUAAAAUACUAAGACAGUUUUGGGAUACUAAAGAUCUACAUACGAAAGAAGCUUCAUUUCAUGUAGUGAUAACGAGUUAUCAAUUAGUUAUUACUGAUUACAAGUACUUCAAUAGAAUAAAGUGGCAAUAUAUGAUCCUAGAUGAAGCACAAGCUAUAAAAAGUACCAGCAGUAUGAGAUGGAAAUUAUUGCUUGGAUUCAGCUGUCGCAAUAGAUUGUUACUUAGUGGCACACCUAUUCAAAACAGCAUGGCAGAAUUAUGGGCUUUGUUACAUUUUAUAAUGCCUACCUUAUUUGAUUCUCACGAUGAAUUUAACGAAUGGUUUUCUAAAGAUAUCGAGAGUCAUGCAGAAAAUAAAACGGGGAUUGACGAGAAGCAUUUAUCAAGAUUACAUAUGAUUUUGAAGCCUUUCAUGUUACGUCGAAUAAAGAAAGAUGUAGAGAAUGAAUUGUCUGAUAAAAUUGAAGUGAUGGUAUAUUGUCCUCUUACUACUCGUCAAAAGUUACUUUAUUCAGCAUUGAAAAAGAAGAUUAGGAUAGAAGAUCUCUUACACUAUACAGUGGGUGGUGGUGACACUGCAUCCAAUGAUAAAAAUUUCACAUCAAAUCUUAUGAAUCUAGUCAUGCAAUUCCGAAAGGUUUGCAAUCAUCCAGAACUCUUUGAGCGUAGAGAUGCAAAAUCUCCAUUUUUCAUGCACACUGAAUAUUAUGAAAUGCCUGCAUUAUUAUAUACAGAAGGAUUGAGGCACCUCUCAUUGCCAUCUAAAGAUUACUUGUUGUAUAAUAAGCUGUUUAUAUUUGCUACUGAAUAUAUACAUCGGACUCUUCAUGAUGGCAAUGGAAGCUUUUCCCAAAAUUCUUUUUCUUUUAGUAGAUUUAUAAAUUUGUCCCCAAUGGAAAUGAAUAAAGUGUUUAUCGUUGGUAUUAUAUUCAGAUUGUGUCUCGCAACUAUAAUGGAGAGGAGAAUAAAAAUGAUGCAUUACUGGGAGGAUUGGAAUGCUGACGAGAGAACAGAGAUACCUAUGAACCAGAUGUUCCUUUUAUCUAGAAAAAUCGACUCAUCAACGAAUACAUUGCAGGAUUUAAUAUUCACAAGAAAGAUAAUUGAAGGAGAACCUGUAUAUACGCAUACAACUCAUGUUAUUCAUUCAAUGCCCGAGACUGUCGCUCAUCGAAUUUUACGUAGCAGUAAAAAAGUUGCUAAUCAAUUAUUGAAGAGAAUACUCCCUUCUACCAAAGCUGAACAAGAAGACUCAAAAGUGACUUUGUUACCGGAGCAUCCCCAUUUUCCUAGGCCACCAAUAAUGAGACAUUGUCAACAGACCACCAUUCCACCAUUUAUUUGCGAUACUUUUCCUAAGGUACAAGCUAGUCCUCGAAAAUUAUACGUUAGUAAUAGUUCUGCAGCGUGCGCAUGGAGAAGGCACGAAGAAUGUGGUGGGAAGUUUGGUCAACGACUUCUUUGGCUUGGCUGUGAACGAGCUUUUUCUAUUACAGCGUCACAAGAGAACUCGAGCUUUCGUUUAACACAGAUGACGUCAACAUUUUCUGUAGAACCGCAUGGUGGAAUCUCUGCAUGUACUCCUAUAAAUGGAUGGUCAAAUAUUAUAGUACCGGAUAAGCAAACUUUAGUAACAGAUGCUGGGAAACUUUCUGUUUUGGAUAGUCUUUUACGUCGUCUUAAAGAACAAGGCCAUCGAGUCCUUAUUUACUCUCAGAUGACAAAAAUGAUCGAUUUGUUAGAGGAGUACAUGUAUCAUAGGAAACAUACUUUUAUGAGAUUAGACGGUUCUUCUAAAAUCUCAGAUCGACGAGAUAUGGUUGCAGACUUUCAAAAAAGGGCGGACAUAUUCGUCUUUCUGCUGAGUACUCGAGCCGGGGGCCUGGGAAUAAACCUUACUGCAGCAGAUACGGUAAUCUUUUACGAUAGCGACUGGAAUCCUACGGUGGAUCAGCAAGCUAUGGAUCGAGCCCAUAGGCUGGGUCAAACGAAACAGGUUACAGUAUAUCGAUUAAUUUGCAAGGGAACUAUCGAGGAAAGGAUACUGCAACGUGCUCGAGAAAAGAGUGAGAUACAACGUAUGGUAAUUAGUGGAGGAAAUUUCAAACCAGACACACUGAAGCCCAAGGAAGUCGUUUCUCUUUUGUUAGACGACGAGGAAAUCGAAGCCAAAUACAGCCAACGGAGCGAGGAAAGAAAGCAGCACGCGGAGGAUACCCGACUUGAGUCGAACUUAUACCACAAGGAGAGAGACCGGAAGAGGAAGUUAACCGCGCUUCCGGUCAAGAGUGAUGUAAAGAAGCCUUGUCUGUCUGAUGCUAACGGUGACAAGAUUGGCGACAUUGUUCAAGCUAAUUCCAAUGAAAGCACACUAGUCAGUGGUGGUGUUCCAUCAUAUCAGAUUAAUAAUCAUCAACAGAUCCUCGAUAACGCAGACGACUAUAGCGUACCAACCAGUCCUGUUAAAUCAGAGGACGAGACGAGCAACGAUGGCCUGGUUGUCGAUGUGGAUGGUCCAGUGGGAGUAUCUUCUGGCGACAGUCGACAAUCUCGAGCGGGUCAGUUUGCAGAUCCUGGAAAAGUCAACCGUCUCGAUCACCACAUGUCUUUCAGCAGCGGAAGUAGCGUUCGGAUGAGGCCUACGAUUCGUGGUACUAGCAAGAGGGGAAGACCUCGUGGUUCUCGUAGAGGAGGACCCGUUGGAGGAAAGGGUCGAGGCCUCCUUCUGCUUCAUCCACCGUCCAAAGGUCUUGGUGGCAGUCCUCAAUCACCGGUAUCUUUAUCUCCGACCAGUAGUGGUACAGCUAACGAUCACACUCUACAACAUGGGGUACAAGGAACUUCCGGUUCGACAGAAGGUGAUGGUCCCAGUUCGGUAGGUCCAUUGGGAUCAGUGGGAACAUUGGGCCCUCUUCCAGGCAGAGGAGGAGCACCAACGAUUCGACGCGGUCCAGGACGACCUCGGUUAAGACCAACGGGUCCCGGUCACCAAGGAUAUCGUACUACCGGUCAUCAUCACGGUCGGAAAGUCCAACGGCCACUUCCGGUUCCUCUUAGAUCCCAACAGACGAUCGCGAGUGUGAAUCAACAGAAAUCCUCAGCGCAUCGAGCCUCAGGAUCUGGUCCAUCCAUUUCUUCUUCGUCGAUGAACACCGGUGCAUCGUUUUCUCCGACGACAGCAGAAUCUAGGCCAUUCGGAUUCUACACGCAACAACAACAGCAACAACCGCAACAACCGCGCGGAUCGUCCUAGCUUCCGCAGGGAGAGUUCCUUAGAGUGAUCCUCGAAGGAGAUUCCUGAACUGUCAGAACUCGACAAUCUUCGUGAAGUGUUGCCUAAAAUGCAAUUGAAUCGCGUUCGUCUGAAAUGUUUGCAAGACGAGACCGUUUCUUUGCUAAUUUCUGAAUAACAUUUUAAUUAAUUUAAAUGAAAGGGAAGAUACUUGGAUCCAAAGGAAUUUUGAACUUUUAUGAAGGAACCUCGAGGAUUCAAUCGCUUCUACGCUAAUUUUAUAGUAAGCAAUUCUUACUUAUUUAAACAUAGAGACAUUGUGCAUUCUUUGACGGAUCAAUUCUGAUUUCGUCGAAUGGUUAGAAGGAUUUUUAAAAGAAGCUACUAAAAAUGUGUUCAGUGACCAGUAGCGAGAAUGCAAUCGUCAUUCUCUCGUUGCUGUUUUCUUAUACACAAAAGUACAUACAUUGCAGGUAUAUCUGUGUAGUUUUUUUUGUUAAAAAUCCUGGACUUGAUUUACGAUGAUAGACUUUACUCGCGAGAAUCUUACGCUCAAAUAGUGCAAUGGAGAUCUUUUAAAGAAAUACAUCCAGUGUUUGUUCACAGCGACGUUCUCCGCUCGCGAAUGAAAUUAGCCUGCGUUAGUGAAGUUAGAUCCAAUUAGCUGGUACAGCGAACAACACGGAAGUGAUUCCAGUCACCCAGAUCUUUCCGUCUUCGACGAAAGGAUUUUUAUCACGUGAUUUCGAUAAUUCGACGUUUGAAUUCAUCGUAUCGAAGCGAUGGUUCAGAACCGAAGUCGAUUAAUUAAGAAAUAAAGGAAUUUUAUCGAUCGCAACCUUCCUGUAUUUUAAGCGAUUUCGAGAAGUGCUGGUAUAAAAUUCUCGAGCCGUGUGUAAAGUAUGUAUAAAAUUAAGAUAACUUGUCCAUAUUUAAAUAAAUCAUUAAGGAAUAAUUAACAAUCUCGUGCGUAUCUUCUUAAGAAAGGGAAAAAUGGUCGAAUAAGGUAAAUAAAAGUUAGUCUUGAAUUUUUUCAACACGCGCGCUGUCCUUUAGGCAAUUUGUACAAAUUAAUCGUGCCACUCGUUAUUAGGUACUUAAUGAAGCAAGUUUGAGCUUGCUCGAUUAGAAGCAAGUGACAAGGAAAUUCAACGAAGAACUAAAGUAAAGAGAAAACAGUAGCCGAAAAGAAAAGAAGCAAAAAAAAAAAAAGAAGAAGAGUAAGAAAGUACGUUAGGAAAUACAAGUAGACAAAAGUCGACCGAUUCAAGACACGGUUAUUACCGGAAGACUUGCCAAGGAAGUUCUUUGCACUUUCUCGAAACGGAAAACGAAGAAACGUGAAAACGAACAAAGCGUCGAAACAGCACCGUGGAAUAGCUUUUAGAUUUUAUUUUAUGAUUAGUUAAUUGCCGUAUAUAGAAUCGUUCGAUCUACACGAUAAAAACGUCGAAAUAUAGCCAGGUAUUUGAAACGAAUAAAAAUACGAGGAUGUUCGUGCAGCGAUCGAUAAAGGAAAUGUAUUAUAUAUCAUAUAUUUUCUUUUUUUUUUUUUUCGAUGAUCGAUAAAACGAUUGUUCGACGAAGUGAAGGUUGAAAAGAAAAAGAGAACAUUCUUCGUCGCAGUCCUCGUUCUUUCACUUUUUUCUCUUGUCUCUCUUCUUCUGACUCUUUCUCUCUCUCUUUCUCUCUCUCUCCUUUAUCUCUGUCUGUCUCGGUCUUUCUUUUUCUCCAUUCCUCUCAACGUAUUACAACUUGUCAAACUCAGUAGCAUUAUUCCAUCAUUAGACUCGGUUAGACGAUAUUUUUUAUGCGCAUUAUGGACCGUCAUUGGGUCGAUUCGAUCUGUAAAAGAAUGGUAUUUAUAUUAGCAAUAAACGAUUCAAAUGGCCACUAA